GUUCUCUCUCGCCCUCAGCCUCGCCGGUUCUGUACCCAAACCUCGCGGAGCUGGGGGACUACAUGGGCCUCUCGCUCGCCAGUGAAGAAGUCCAGAAGGACCUCGCCCUGAUCUCGGCAAGCGACAAUGCAGGGGGCCUGGACCCCUCCUCCCAGGGCCUGCUGGUCGCCCCGCUGACGGGAAACAGCCUCGGGCUGCGCAGGGCGGAGAUCAAGCCGGGUCUGCGGGAACUGCAGCUCUGCAAGGACGAACGCGGGAAGAUAGGCCUCAAACUGAGAAGCAUCGACAAGGUGGGUUCCCGGGCCAGUCCACGCCGCUCCCGGUGGUUCAGUGGGGCCCGACCUGGCUCUGGAAUGAAGGGGAUCCCCCUGACAAUGAGGGAGCCGUGA